AUGGACAGGAGGGGGCUGCUCCUCUGCUGCUACAUCACCACGAGUAGGCGGCGGCCUCAGCCCCACAUCCGGAAGGCGAUGGAGAUGGAGGAGUGCUGGGAUACCGACACGGAGGUAGACGAGGUCAACGACGACAACAUCGGCCCUCUUCUGGCAGCUCAACCUGACCUCCCUACUACAGCGGCGGCAACAGCAACAGCAGCAGUGCCAUCACCGAGCGAAAGGGCCGCGGCGGCCUGCUUGCCGCACGCGACCGGCGCCCACGAACAGCAGCAGCCUCCGCAGCAGGUUCCAAGUGGCGGCAGAAGAAGUGCUGCUUCUUCUUCUUCUGCCACUGGACCAACUGGUGGCACCGGCGGCAUUCCUCGCACCCCGAACUCCGACGCUAACGGUGCUACGCUCGCGCGACUAGUGUCCACAUGGGGGCCGGUGACGUCACAAGACGGGUGGCGACAGGCCGCCGCCGCCGCUGCCGCAAGCCCUGCCUCGAUGGGUGGUGUCGGCAGUGGUGUUGUGGGCCAAGUCCGGCGUGGGUUUCGGGAUGGAUUUAGUAGCAGUAGUAGUGAAACUUCUGCGCAUCGUGGCGUCCCACAAGGCGGAGCAGCAAGAGGAGAUCGCGUUGGCGGCACACGAGCCAGCACAACGAACAGGAACUCCGGAGGGGGGGGGGCGCAAGACGGGGACAGGGGCAGGGAUCAUCUCGAGGACGUAAGUGAGGGCGGGGGCGGCAGCAAUGGUUUAUUGGCGGUGGGCUUGCCUUCGGGCUUGAGUUUGGGCUUGGGUGGAGGGGCUGAAGCAAGCUUAACCGGGAUGAGCAACAACAGCGGCGGCGGCGGCGGCGGCGUGGGAGAGCCGAGUAGCUCGGGCUCUUCUGACAGCAGCAAUGAGGAUUCUUCUCCCGGUGGGGUGGAGACUAACCCGCCGGAGGAACUGUUGAGAGCUCUCGUCGGCGCUCGCAUCACGAUCGCCCUGUUACUGCUGCUCAUGUGUCACUACAUCGUGACGCACCUCUUGGGCAUCGCUGCUUUCAGCAUGGGCACAGCUAUCGUUGUGGUGUUGGACCAACGACUCUGGUCCCACUCUGGCGCACAGCGGAGGGUAAACGCGGUCGUGGAGAUGGCGUUCGUACUCUACCGGUGUCUUUUGCCGGCACCUGUCUGGCUGGAGUUUUACGGCAAGGACAGCGACUACUUCGCGGGGAUUUAUCUCGUCCUCAAGGGCAUGCAAGUCUCGUUUCGGGCAGAUCGGUUCGUCAGGGCGGCGUGCUACGUGCGAAGGGGGGAACUGGACCGAGGGAAGUUGGCCACGCCGGAAGAGGUAGCCGAGGCCGGGUCGCCGGACUGUUCCAUCUGCUACGACCGGAUGAGCCGGCCGCUGCUGCUUCCGUGCAACCACCUCUUCUGCGGGGAGUGCGUGGCCGAGUGGCUGGAGCGAGAGCGCACGUGCCCCCUCUGCCGCGCCGAGGUGCCGAGUUCCAACCCGAUUCCUAGAUCCCUGCGAGAUGGCAGAACAACCGUUGUACCGCAGAUUCUAUGA